UGCUGGUGGAGAACUGGCUAGUUAAGCUGCUGACUGCAAUAUGCUGCUCGUAGCUGUUUUUAAAUCAGCCGACCCUGGCAGAGAGGAGAGCGAAAUAGAUUAGAGAGCAAAGCUACUAAGAAAGCAGCUGGUUACAGCAGUAGAGAGGUGGGAGAAAGAAACAAACGAAGUGUUUUACACAAAGCGGAGUGCCUGGAUGCUUUAUCAGUGAUGGAGCUCACUCGACAGCAUUCUCAACUCAGAGGACAAAAAUCACGACUGUUGAUGGCGCUGCUCUCUGGGGCAGAGAGGAUGCAUGCACCUGCGUAGCCGAUCGGGCCUCACCUCUGUUGGUCCUUUCUACUUACUGGUUUGGAUUUAUUAGGAGCCAUUUUGUGAAUCCUUUAUUUUUUUAAGGAAGGGAAGGAGAAACAGCACUAGUAUCUAGUGCAUGAAAACCAGGGACUGCACUUUUGUAGAGGUAGGUGUGACAGGCCGUCCUCAUUGCAUCGCUCUCCUCUUUCCCCAACCCCACCCCCUCUCCCUUUCACUGUCAACCGCUACAGGCACUGGUAGCCUGCUGUGCCGGGGUAGAGCCGAUUUUCAAAUCAGUGCCGUUCCCAGACUAUGGUGAAUUAUGAAUGUGCCACAUCAUGAAUCUCUUGUGGCAGGUAACUGUGCAUCACACCUGGAAUACUGCCCUGGUUCUUCUUGUCUACCUCACGGUACGGAUGUGGAGUAUGUGCGAAGCAUCAAACAGAGAACAGAGUUGUCCAGAAAUCUGCUCCUGCAGUAAUCACUUCAGCAAAGUCGUCUGCACUCGCCGUGGACUCAAAGAGGUUCCUCAAGGGAUCCCUUCUAAUACCCGGUACCUCAAUCUCAUGGAAAAUAACAUCCAGCUUAUCAAGGCAGACACAUUUCGACAUCUGUACCAUAUGGAGGUCUUACAGCUUGGCCGGAAUUCGAUCCGGCAAAUAGAGGUUGGUGCAUUUAAUGGACUGACUAGCCUUAACACACUGGAGUUGUUUGAGAAUAGACUGACUGUGAUACCAAGUGGCGCAUUCGAGUCCUUUUCAAAACUGCGUGAAUUGUGGCUCAGGAACAAUCCCAUCGAAAGUAUUCCAUCAUAUGCUUUCAACAGGGUGCCAUCACUGCUGCGCCUGGAUCUGGGGGAACUCAGAAAACUAGAAUACAUUUUGGAUGGUGCUUUUGAGGGCCUAAUUAAUUUAAAAUACCUUAACCUGGGGAUGUGUAACCUGAGGGACAUGCCAAAUCUCACACCACUGGUGAGAUUAGAAGAGCUGGAAAUGUCCAGUAACCAUUUCCCUGCAAUUAAACCAGGGUCAUUUCAGGGGCUUAAAUCAUUAAAAAAGCUCUGGCUUAUGAAUUCUCAAGUCAAUCUGAUUGAGCGGAAUGCCUUUGAUGACCUCACUGCACUAGUGGAACUAAACCUGGCCCACAACAACCUUACUUCACUGCCACAUGAUCUGUUUGCACCACUGAGAUACCUGGUGGAGUUGCACUUACACCACAACCCAUGGAAUUGUGACUGCGAUAUCCUCUGGCUCACCUGGUGGCUGCGAGAGUAUAUCCCCACAAACUCUACCUGCUGUGGCCGGUGCCACUCCCCGCUUCACAUGAGGGGAAAGUACUUGACCGAAGUAGAACAAGGCACUUUCCAAUGCUCACGACCAGUUAUACUGGAGCCACCACAGAACCUAAACAUCUCUGAAGGGAGAACAGCCAAACUGAAAUGUCGAACAUCCUCCAUGUCAUCUGUAAGGUGGUUGUUGCCAAAUAACACAGUAUUGAGUCAUGGCUCAACACAUCCCCGUAUGUCUGUAUUUAACAAUGGAACCCUAUACUUCUUGCACGUUUUAAUAACAGAUGCUGGUAACUACAAAUGUAUGGUCACCAACGUUGCAGGGAAUGCUGACGCAUCUGCCUUCCUCAGAGUCAGCAUGGCAGAGAUCAACACUUCGAAUUACACCUACUUUUCCACGGUUACCGUGGAAACAACACCUGAAACCGUCAGGACUAAAGUUCCGCCGUUUCUGUCAACGCCACCCACUUACAAGCCAGCGUUCAUCUCAACUCCAACGGUGCUACUGCAGAGCACGAGGAGUCCCAAAACAGUGGUGGUGGUCCCGACACUGGCCGCCAUGGACACAACUCGCACCAGCCUAGAUGAAGUCAUGAAAACUACAAAAAUCAUCAUCGGUUGUUUUGUGGCGGUAACACUGCUGGCAGCUGCCAUGCUCAUAGUGUUUUACAAACUUCGCAAGCGGCACCAACAACGGAGCACGGUGGCAGCAGCCAGGACUACAGAGAUCAUUAACAUGGAGGAGGAUCUCACGCCAUCCGAAGGAGCUGUUGUCGUACCCUCGGUCCACGACCACAUGAACUAUAACACGUACAAACCAGCACAUGGGGCUCACUGGACAGAGAACAGCCUGGGUAACUCGCUCAAUACUACAAUACCUGAGCCCUUUAUUAUACAGACACACACCAAGGAGAAGGUUCAGGAGACUCAGAUCUGA